AUGGCGAUGAGACGAGCCACCGGAGCAGCGAUCAGAGCCUGUGCUUCCUCUUCUUCUACGGGUUACUUGGCUCGUCAGUUUCAUGCAUCUUCUGGUGAUAGCAAAAAGAUUGUUGGGGUAUUCUACAAGGCCAAUGAAUACGCCUCCAAGAAUCCAAACUUCCUUGGCUGUGUUGAGAAUGCCUUAGGCAUCCGGGACUGGCUCGAAUCAAAAGGACAUGAAUACAUUGUCACCGACGACAAAGAAGGCCCUGACUGCGAACUUGAGAAGCAUAUCCCUGAUCUCCACGUCCUAAUCUCAACCCCAUUCCACCCGGCAUACGUGACUGCUGAAAGAAUCAAGAAAGCCAAGAACCUGCAGCUUCUCCUCACGGCUGGUAUCGGCUCCGAUCACAUCGACCUCCAGGCCGCUGCAGCUGCUGGCCUUACGGUGGCUGAGGUCACGGGAAGCAAUGUUGUCUCUGUAGCAGAAGACGAGCUCAUGAGGAUCUUAAUCCUCAUGCGUAACUUCGUACCAGGGUACAACCAGGUGGUCAACGGCGAGUGGAAUGUAGCCGGCAUUGCCUACAGAGCUUACGAUCUGGAAGGGAAGACGAUCGGAACUGUAGGAGCUGGAAGAAUCGGAAAGCUUUUGCUGCAGCGGUUGAAGCCAUUCGGGUGCAACUUGUUGUACCAUGACAGGCUUCAGAUGGAACCAAAUCUGGAGAAAGAGAUUGGAGCUAAGUACGUUGAGGAUCUCAACGAAAUGCUCCCUAAAUGUGACGUUGUAGUCGUCAACACUCCUCUCACGGAGAAGACAAGAGGAAUGUUCAACAGCGAGAUGAUUGGGAAAAUGAAGAGAGGUGUUAUGAUAGUGAACAAUGCGAGAGGAGCCAUCAUGGAUAGGCAAGCGGUGGUGGAGGCGGUGGAGAGUGGACAUAUCGGAGGUUACAGUGGAGAUGUGUGGGAUCCACAGCCAGCUCCUAAGGACCAUCCAUGGCGUUACAUGCCUAACCAAGCUAUGACACCGCAUAUCUCCGGUACCACCAUUGACGCACAGCUACGAUAUGCGGCGGGGACGAAAGACAUGUUGGAGAGGUACUUUAAGGGUGAAGACUUUCCUGCUGCGAACUAUAUUGUCAAGGACGGUGAACUUGCUCCUCAGUACAGUUUUUCUACUCAGAGGCUUACGCUUUUGCCGUCGCUUGAUUCGCUGGUAACUUCUUCACGUAUGGCCAGUAAUACUUUGAAAGAUAUGAAUAGUCUUCCUGUAAUUGAGAAAAUAAGUGAUUGUAAACCAAGCUUAACCAAGCCUUCUGCUGGCAAAAUGAAUGGAAAAUCUGACGAUAGGCCACUGCCAAAGCCUGGAGCCUUGUCUCCUAGUGAUCAUCUCAGCGUUGUAGAAACAGAGAAACCAGAUGCCGAGAUAGCUGUCGUGGAAGUUGAAUAUAUUGAAUCCGAGAAGUUGGAUAACGUAGACGAUGCUGAUGCAGUACUGAAGUCGGUUCUAGCUGGACUUGACUCUAAGGAUUGGGUGUCAGUCUGUGAUGCUCUUAAUAAUGUUCGUCGGCUUUCGAUAUUCCACAAGGAAGAAAUGCUGCAUAUGCUAGACAAAGUGAUACCACUCGUCGUGAAGUCACUGAAAAAUCCAAGAAGUGCCGUGUGUAAAACCGCAUGCAUGACAUCUGCAGACAUCUUUAGUGCAUAUAACAACAAUAUAACAGAUUUGCUGGAUUCUCUGCUUACUCAACUCCUCCUCAAGUCUUCCCAAGACAAACGGUUUGUUUGCGAGGCAGCAGAGAAAGCUUUAACAGCAAUGACCAAAUACAUUGCCCCAACUCUGCUGUUACCAAAGCUGCAACCUUGUCUCAAGAACAGGAAUCCUCGGAUCCGUGCAAAAGCAUCGUUAUGCUUCUCCCGAAGUGUUCCCCGACUGGGCGUUGAAGGUAUUAAAGAAUAUGGAAUCGACAAAUUACUUCAAGCAGCCGCAUCUCAGCUUAGCGAUCAGCUCCCUGAAUCUCGUGAGGCUGCACGAACCGUCCUGCUAGAACUCCAGACCGUGUAUGAAAAAGUUCACCCUCUCACCAAGCCCGAGACGCAAACAUUAUCAUCAUCAUCGUCGUUGCCAGAGGAAGAGCAAAUCCCAGAGGCAGAGCCAAUCACUUGGGAAACCUUCUGCCACUCAAAGCUGUCGGCUCUUAGUGCACAAGCUGUGCUUCGUGCCACCAACGUCGUGACCGUCACUGCUCGGGAGGGUUUGGUUACUAAAGGUCCAUCAUCUUCAUCCCAGUUAUAA